CAUACUCUGAGCAGACCUGUCGGUUUGCACCUGUUAUGCUGCUCUGCUCCUCAGGCUAGCGUGUAGCUAACUAAAAAUGACGUAUUUUUGAUAUUGGUGAAAACCUGUUCGUUAGUAAGUUAGCGAAAUAAAUGUAAUAAUUAUUGACUCGUAAGUAGAAGUGUCUGUUGGGCCUCUGAACUGUCUUUCCUGAUGGAGCCCAGUGAUGUGAUUGCCGUCAGAGAUCAACCGCUCAUGCUGGACUGUCGGGUCCAGGGUGAGGAGCCCCUCAUGGUCACAUGGCGUAAAAACGGGGUGCCGUUAUCCACCAGUCCGCGGUUCCAGGUACUGGCGAACGGCACGUUGUUCAUCCAGAGCUUCCAGAAACGCAGGGAAGGAAGUGAAGGAGAUGUGGGCGAGUACGACUGCGCUGCCCAAAACCGAUAUGGCUUGCUGGUCAGCCGCAAGGCCAAAGUGCUCUUGGCAUCCCUACCAAAGUUCCACACCCACCCAGUGUCAAUGUCCGUGGAUGAGGGAGGCGUUGCCCGUUUCCAGUGUCAGAUUAACGGAAUACCCGAGGCCAAUAUUACCUGGGAGAGAGACAGGAGACUCCUUAACACCACCGACAUCAGGUACACACUGCUCCCCAUGGGCGUCCUUCAGGUGACGGGCGUGAAGCAGUCAGACGCCGGUAUUUUCAGAUGUGUAGCCUCCAACAUAGCCAACGUCCGCUACAGUCACGACGCUGUUCUCAACGUCACCGGUGGAGCUCCAAGAACCUACAAAGAGCCCGUCAUUCUGUCAGGACCCCAGAAUCUUACUAUUACUGUCCAUGAGACGGCCAUCUUGGAAUGCAUUGCUACAGGAAACCCCAGGCCUAUUGUUUCCUGGAGCAGGCUAGAUGGGCGUUCCAUCGGAGUAGAGGGAAUCCAGGUUUUAGGAACAGGAAACCUGAUGAUCUCAGAUGUGACCCUGCAGCACUCUGGUGUGUACGUGUGUGCUGCGAACAGGCCUGGCACCAGAAUGAGGCGCACAGCACUCGGACGACUUGUAGUACAAGCUCCCCCAGAGUUCCUGCAGUGGCCGCAGUCUGUGUCCAAAACAGCAGGGGGCAGUGCUGUGUUCAGCUGUGUGGCCCAGGGCGUCCCCGAACCUCACCUUAUCUGGCUGAAGAACGGCAAAAUCCUGACACCCGGACACAACGUCAAACUGACCAACAACAACAGCACUCUCGCUCUGACCCGCAUCAGUUCAGACGACGAGGCCAUCUAUCAGUGCAUCGCUGAGAACAGCGCCGGGACCAACCAGGCCAGCGCCCGCUUGGCUGUGGUCCAGAGCAAAGACCUCCCCGCCGCCCCCGAAGGCUUCAGAGCCCGCGCGUUGUCCGCCAUCUCGCUCCAGAUCACAUGGAAUCAGCCGCCGCCCGACGUCACCGAAGGCAUCAUCGGUUAUGUCCUGCACAUCCGCAAGACAGGAGAGCCCGACAGUCUGGAGCUGCAGGAGGCCAUCAGCAAAGGGAGCUUCCAACACGACAUCAUCAAUCUGGAACCGGCCACCACCUACUCACUCUACCUGAGGGCCUACUCCCCUCUGGGUGCCAGUCAGCAAUCACACACUUUAGUGGCUACAACGUUGGGCGGUGUACCAACCCCUCCUACGUACUUCACCAAGGUGGUGAACAGCAGUGCGGUGCAGGUCCUCUGGGAGCUUCCUAGUAAAGCUGGCAAGGUUGAAGGCUUCAGGCUGUCCUACCGCAAAGUCCCCCAGUCCGAUUUCAAGGAACCCAUCCAGCUGCCUUAUCACGUCAAUGCCCACACCAUCUCAGACAUGGAACCGGGUGCCGUGUAUGAAAUAAAGCUGGUUUCCUACAAUGGGAAUGGAGAGAGUGACUGCUCAAAGAGACUGGUGUCCCUGGCAGAGGAAGGUCCGAGUGACCCAAACACAGGUGGCAACAGCCUGUGUCAGUGCAGAGACGGGGAGGCCUCUCUGGGCAGCAUCGUCGUUGGCAUCCAUAUCGGCACGGCUUGCAUCAUCUUCUGCGUACUCUUUCUCAUUUUUGGAUACCGUCGCAGCCUUUUUUGCAGCAAAGGAACGCAGGAGAGCUGGUCCGUACCGAGAGACAACACAGGACACAAUGGAAACCCUAAGGAUGGAGAAGCAACGUGCCACAGGGUGGAGUCAGUUCCUCAGGUGGUCACCUCAGCACAGUGCCAGGUCAUCAUUGAGCAGCAGUCAUCAGGUCUGCCUGGCGUGGGCACUGGCUAACACUGGUCAAUACUAAGAACUUCAACACCCCCGCCCCUUCAUUCAGUCAUAGCGUUAGCCUCCCUUAAAGCUGCUGCUAAUAACCUCAGAGUCUCUCAUUCCACCGCCAUCUCUACCUUGAACCAUGUCAUAUUGCCUUUAGUGCUUGUCCGUGUCGGGGAAAAAAAAAAAAAAAAAACCCUUACCGCUACUUCAGACUGGUACCUGUCAAGUUUUUUUUUUUUAGGAUGUUCAUGACCAACAUUCACUGGCAUUUAUCCAGGGAGUCUGUUCCAUAACCAAAAUAUAGAUGCCACGUGAUAUGCCUUAUGGUCUUUUCCUACCAAAAUAAACCAAAUAUUUUAAAGACAGGGAAAAUACUGUUGUGGCA